AUGCCUUCUAAAACUUCUAAAUAUGUGUAUCAAGGUCAUAGUAAAAUAAUUUCAGGCGUAAUAACUGUUUUAGAAGCAGCCAACAGACCAUUAUCUUUACAGGAAUUAGUAGACGAAAUGACAAAAAGGCAAUUGGUGGUUUUUCAUGGUGCAACUCCAAGAAAUACAGUCAGUGGUGAAAUUAGUAAACUUCUUAAUGCUGUGGGUCCAAGUAAUGCUCCAAUUCUUAAGAUCAACCAAGGAAAACUUACCAAAUUUUAUUUAAGAACACAACAACAACAUGAAGAUUCUUUACAGAUUUCAGCUGGUAAAGCCAAAAAAAGAUAUUAUGCGCGUAAUAAUCAAAAUAAUCAAGAUAAUCAACAUACCUCGAAGGCUCUUGUAAGUUUAUCAGAAAAUCAAAAUCAAAAAGAACGCGUCUAUGAUCUCAAAAAAAUACGUCAGAUGGAAGAUCUAAAGUAA